GACUCGCGCGCCUCCGAGCCUCCGGGACUCUCACAAGUUGUAUAUCGUCGUGCUACGCGUUCUACGGUCGUGUUGUUGCGCUGCCACCGUCGCCGCUACGUCGUAGUUGUGCUCGUGCAGUGACAACGCGCCGUCGUGCUCCUACGUGUUGAUCGUCAACGAUCUAACAUCGAACGUAUUGCCAACAAAAUUCCAGCUAAAGAACGCAACCGAUCAUCGACCUCUCUUUGCCGCCUCUUCUUUUCGUUCUUUUGUUUUUUAUCGCAUACACGAGAAAAGCAGGAAGAAGUUUGAGGAGAGACGCAGGUUGACCGUAUACCCGAGGACACCUCGCUCCGAAAGGAGUUCUCUCUCUCUCUCUCUCUCUCUCCCUCUCUUUCCUCGGAGCUUUUUACCGUUCACCCUCGUCGCAUCGUAACACGCCACUUUGGGUGAGCGCCAACGAUCCCCAGCAACGCACCGACUGCUCAGUCACGACGAUGUUGGCGCAAAUCCAAGUGCGCCCAGUGGUUUCCUGCUACCUGCGCCGCGCUGGGAUUCUUACCGUUUUCGCCGUUUCCAAUUCGAUUUUGUAACCAACACGGUGAGAAAGUGCGAGUUUAAGGAUCAAGGGUUUCAGGGGUUGAACGAUCGUGAACGCGAUCUUACUGAAGUGUCCGAUGCGAUUGAGGAGUUUGGUUUGUUACAUGUUCGUUUGCUCGAUCGGUGGUGGCUGCGAGGGAAUCGAACGCCGCCACGGCGCAGUGUUUACAUGUAGCAGUGCGCGAAGUAAUCGAAGGUGCACGAACGGUUUUCACUCGGCUUCUUCCGCGAAUUAUUCAAGUUUUACCCGCUUUUUAUUCAGUUUGCCCGUUCAAAAGUGUAAUGUGUGAAUCUGUUAGUUCGCGAUCUGGUUCGACUUAAUGACGGAUACACCUGGUACAUUGGCCGAUCAUCGAACGAGGCGAGAGAGUAACAUUGUUGUGGUGUUCGCGCGAUAGUGUAAGAGAGAUUCGAUCAGUGAAGUCGACGGGAGAAGUAACCGUGAAAAGUAUCGUCAACAGAAGAAAAUCGCAUAAUAAGAAGUCGCUGAAUGCAAGGAUUUUGAAAGUAGCUCCAGAAGGCCAGCCCGACGCGAUGCGUCGACGCUGCUGACGCAACGCGCCUGGAUGCGUCUCACUUUAAGCACGUUACCACAGCUUGCCGUUUUAGCGAAGAUUUUGUGCCUCCUGAUGGUGGUGAUGUGCGGGGCGGUGCCGGCGAUGGUGCGCUCCGUGAGUCUCUAUUCGACUUGCAGCAGCGGCAAUGUUACCGUAACUGGCCGCACGAUCAAGGCCCUGGGACGCGAUGAUCAUAAUGCCCCUUACCAAAAACUUACGACUCAGUCCGAGGACUUCAGUAGGAAGUUGUACAUCUUCGCGGAGAAAAGCCAGCGAUACAUUUGCUUCAACAAGCGAUGGAAACCCAUCGGCCUGCCUAAGAAGCAAAAGGGUCCUAUGUGUCAGUUCUACGAGGACUACAACGGCUCGUAUCUGACAUACAGAAGCGUCGUAGAUAGCUCGCGGUAUUUGGGCUUUAAUAAGUUUGGCAAACCGAUGAAGAACCACCGUGGUCGACAGGAGUGCUUCAACUUCAUCAAGUACAAUCCUCACGCCGACAUCGAUCACCACAACAGCUUGGUGAACGCGGACAUGGGCGGAAUGGACCCACGGGAUCCUUACGUGGUAUCGAGGAAACCGUCGCCCGUGAUGAGGGCCACGAAGAACUCCCUGUUGCAGGCCGACAGUACGAGGGAGAUCGUUCAUACGACGCAUCGUUAUCGACACCCGAAUCGAAGUUGGAAGCGUCCCGGCGAGAAGGUCUCCGCACCGCGAAGACGGCUCGAGAGUCCUCUCUUCGAGGCCAACAAGUAUUGAGCCGCGCACUGGCUCGCCGAUCAAGACUGCCUCAUUUACACCUGUGAGAACCUGAGAUCAGACUGCCAAAUACGCUGGUGGAACGUACGGUCGAGAUUUCAGGAACCCACUACGCGGCACCACGUGAAACGCGGCUCGAAGCACGCGCCUCGAUUGAUCGCAACGAACAAAGCUAAGCUCGCCUCGUGUGUCUCCUGCUCGCUUGCGUACAACAAUUAUCGACCAACCGCAAUUUCGCUGCACAGAAGAGACGAGCAACAACGAAAAAUUGUUCGCAAGAUACGAGCGUACCAACUUGCAGGAUGACAGUCUUGUUGGCUAGAGCUUUCGUUAUGCGUCGUUAAAUUCCAUUUCACACUUGCCCCGACUGAAUCCUUUCAGGCAAGUAUGCACGAUAUCAUAAUUUCUCCCCCCUUUCGUUCCAUCGCUAAAUUUUUGAUACGAUUAGUUGGCAGUCGUCGGUCAACGGCGUACUGUUUCUUUCAUUUUCAUCGAUUAUCGAUCGUUCUCGUUGUCUCGUUUAAUAAUCCAAAGUUCCGCGUACGAAACUAUACGAGAAGUAGCUAAAGUUUCGAAGAAAAAUUAAAAAAAAAAAGAAAAAAAAAAUGCGAAUUCGUCGGAAAGUCUAGGAUCAGUCGAUUUAGCGAUGGAUGAAUAUGUUGCGCGCGAUCGGCCUAAAUCGUUGCGCAAUCGGAUAGCUACCGUGCUUCAAGCGCUAUCACAAACCGCAAUACAUGCGCGGAGAGAUGCACGAACAGCAUACGUCUAUGGAUUUAUUUUCUUCGGUAUAAAUUUCGAACUUAAACGAUUCUACGAUCUCGUGAUUGUAUGUCGAGUGUACGUAGGUUGGAUUUCAUGAAAGGGCGAUCGGGUUUAAUUGAAAAUAAAUCGAAAGUGAAUCGCGUUGAUUAGCCGUAACGUUUCUCUCGAUGUCGAUCAUCGGAAUUUAAUGGAACGAUAAUUAUACUUUCGGAUCGCGUGUUUAUUCGUGACGAUGGAAUUUGUCCAGGAAGGAAAUAUUUCCGGUAUAGAGACGCGCUGAAAAGGUGUAACUCUCUGGCGUGUUCGCGCAGUAGAGCUCACGCUGCGCAAGACUCUCUCGCUCGCUGUGCUAAUUACGCCGCCUAAUGUAGCGUGCGUGCGUGCAUGCGUGCCUGCCUGCCUGCGUGUAUGAAUAAUGUGUGCGUGCGUGCGUGCUCGCGACGUACACGCAGUUCUCACCGUCGCGUUGAUGUCGAAGCUCGCGUUGCGGUCGUUUUCGAAUCGCUACUUUAUCAACGGCUGCUCCAUUCACCUGACCGUUUUUUACCUUUUAUUCUAAUCGAUAUUAUUUAUACAAAAGAAAAAUAUAAGAAAAGCAGAAGAUAUACACGCGUGCGUGAAAGUCGACUACUCGGAACGCACACACAUACACACAAACGAACAGAGAGACUUUCUUAAACAGAGAAUCGGUAUACAGUAAUUUCAGGAGAGCAAUAUACGCGAUAGUGUAUAUAUAUUUUUCUUAAACUCUAUUCAGAAAACAGUCGUUGGACAACGUAAUGGACAAAUAAUAACAGGAUCUCUGAGUAUUUUAUACAUGUAUUUGAAAUAAUGAAUAUGAUUAUUACUUUCGAUGUGAUUUUCGUCGCGUCGAACGGAUGUAAUUCAUACAGAAAAUCUAUUUUCUGAUAGGAAUGAGAGUGAAAUAAUUACUGAGAGUAUCGGCUUAAACUGCGUGUUCGUGUACGAGCUUAAAUAUUUGUGUGCAUUUUGGCGUGCGUACGUAUUUGCCUCUGAACGCGUGUGAUUGCGUGUAAUAUAUUAUAUGAUCGUUAAUGAAGUUAAUCCUUAGGAAGCUAUUGCAGACUGUAUUACUAGGUUAGGUACACGAGUAUAUGAUGCGGUGGCGACUCGACGAAAAGAAUCAAAGGGUAGCGUUCCUCGGCCUCGUGAGAAUUCUUUCCGUGUAGCUUUACCUCCUGUGUGCUUUUCUAAAUCGGUGACAACCGCUCGUGUACACCGUAAUUUAAAGUACGAAAUAAAGUCGCAUGGAGCCAUCCCUGAUUCAUUCGUUUUCGCAGAUUCGCCACGUGAGGAGCGUCUACCCCUUUUUCCCAAAAAGAACUCGCUCCCUAGGUAGCUUAUUUAUUGAAAUCAUGUUUAGAUACUACGAAAACCAAACCGCCCGAGAACACCUUUUCCUUGUAUAUGUACGGAAAUGUGCGCUGCUCUCUCUUAUUUUACUUAUCGCCAAUUUCAUGGCUUUUUCGUUUUCUUUUUUUUUUUUUUUUUCAUUAUCGCUCAUGAAUUUUCGUACGAAGUCAUCGUUUUAUUCAUUCCUCUUUUUCUUCUUGGAGAACGCGUUUUAAUACUUCAAGAUAAAUUAAUCGAAAUCGGUUUAUUUGUUAUUGUAUAAUAUGUAGAAUAUUAUGUUUUGUUUAGCGGACGUGUGACGUUUCAAUGCAAUUUCUUUUUUAUUUGACGUAAAUAAUUAUGGAAACGAUAUUUCUAUUCGUAUUCACAAUAUUUUAAGUAAUCAUAUUCGAUAUCAUUCUCAUUGUUGUACUUAUUGUCUUCUCACCUUCUAUCUUUACGUUAUCAGUCUUAAAUCCGAAAAUACUCAAUACCUGAUUAGUUAAUUUCAUUUUCGUACGAGUGGCAGUGCGUAGAGGCCCUAUUUCCACCCCGAAUGGUGUUUGUACGUGUCGCUAAAAAGAAAAAAAAAGUAGACAGCAAAUUGUUCGUAGAAAUGCCACGCUCCGUUCGAUGAAUUGAAAAUGUAACUGGAAAUAAACACGUGAAAUUACUUUAUCAGUUGCGUUUCCUCUGAUGCCUUUCUCAUGGAUUUUCUUAUCGAUCAAGUUUAAUGCGCCAUUGAUUUUAUUGUAUUGUAUUUCGAAGCAACGAAAAUAUGGUAACAAUAAAAUUAGGAAAAUGCUAUUUCUACAUCGUUUUGUUUCACAGUUUCAUCUAUCGGUGCGUGGCGCGUGCAAGCUAAGUACGAUAAAAUUUCGCGCGCAAAACAAAAUAAAAAAUGCCAGCUGUUGACCAUUAAGGAAGAAAGAAAAAAAAAUAAAUAUUGUAUUGUAAUAUGAUAUUGUAACUCCACCAGUAAAAAUUAACCUACUCGUUUUGUAUGUGUAAGCGUAGCGUCACGUAACACUUCGUCGAGAAUCGCGGCGAUGUUUGCAGCAAUUAGAAGCGGUACUAAAAGAACGGAUAUUUACGCGUGAAAAUUUCUUCUAUUCCUGUUCUAUUACAUCGAACAGCAAGCAAAGAGUCGACGUACAUUGCGGGAAAGCGCGUAACGAUUCUCGACGAGCGUACUUCCUUAGAAUCAUCAGUUUGCUCGAUGUCAAGUCACUUGGCAUUUAGUUUUUAUAUUACGAAACUUCACACAUUUUUUCUACGAUCAUAUUUCGAUAUUUCGGAGCGACACGAGUAUCUAGUUGCGUUUAGCAUUUUAAGAAGCAAUUUAAGAAAAGAAAACAAGUAGUAUUUUUAAUGACGCGAAAAUAGCACAAAAAAACAUUCGUCGAGUUUCCUGUCGUUGACGCGUGCCUUGACCUCGAGCACCGAAGCGACCUAUCAAUCCCUCCUUUGUUUCUUUUUCUUUUUUUUUUUUUUACUUUCUCACAAUCUACAAACGCGAACGGCAAAGAAGGAUAUAAAGAAACGAAUGAAACGCGAGAGAUGAAUCUGACUACCCUAUAGAUAGAUAGUAUAUAUAAUGAAUAAAGAAAAAAAAAGGUAAAGUAUAAAUAUAUAUAUGGAAGAUGAUGUGUAUGUAAGAUAUUUAAUACUGAUUUGUCUUAAGCACACCGCGAUGAUCGAUUGCGAUGAAACGAUGAUAAUAAUUAUUACGAUGAUUGUUGUAUAACGAACGACGACGACGAUGAUGAUGAUAAUGUUAUUCCACAUUGUAAUUCGCGUUGUAAUAUAGAGACCCACCUGUUACCCACUAAAAUCAAUGUGUCGAUGUAUCCCGGACGUGCUUCGCUCGUACACGCGUCGAGGAAAAUCGGAAAUUGCGUUUCCAUGGGCGGCGGACGUUGGACAUCGGCCAAUAAGUCAGGAACUCAGAUUUUUCUAUGAGAAAGACCGAACAAGGCCAUUAUCUGGUCGAUGUCCAACGACCUCCGGCAUCUGAGCUAAACGAAAUCGUUUUCGAACCGUUUACGAUUCUCAGUAUUAAUCGUAUCGAGAAUGCUGGUUCCGUUGUAAAGCAGCUCGUUACUACGAGUGCAGCACGCCUGGAGCAAAUAGCAAUAAUAUAACAUUCCAACUUAAAUCGCGUACGUACUGCGAAUUCUAAUAAUGUGUGCCGCCGUACGAGAGAGAAAAAAACACUGUCAAAUACACGCUCAUACACUGCUACAUACUUGUGGUAUUUAUUUCAGUUAUACCUCAUCCUUCGUUACUAUUCAUAAUAGAACUAUGCGUUACUAUUACGCAAACGUAUUACGCUUAGCCACAAAUCAAUUAAACAAUAAUAAGAAAGAUAGAAAAAUUUAUAUGCAUUUUAUUAGGUUUUUAAGCUUCCUUUUUACCUUUCUAAAUAUUAUUUCUAAAAUAAAAUGCGUUAAAUGUUAGCUCGAAUAUAUUUUAUAUUUAUAUUAUUUAGAAUAUACAGUCCUUUUUUACUUAUAUUGGAUAUUGUAUGGAAUUUAUUAAUGCUUUACUCUUUUUUAACAUAUUAAUAAUUAUAACAACCGAUUACUCAUAGUACAGUUUAGAACAAGAAAAUGCUAUUUUCAUUUAGUCAGUAUCAAUAGAAACAUUUGAACAAAGUUGCGUAUACAGUG